ACAACGAUUUCAAAAUGUCUUUCGUUACUUCCCGUCAAUGUGUACUACUCGAAUGAUGUCAUUGGAGAGUCCCUGGGAGGAAAUGCUGUUAAUCUACUUACCGUAACGGCUAAAUGUUCCGCCGCUGAAAUUUCCAAGAAGCAUAUCGUGUUCCUGAGCUCACGUGUACAUCCUGGUGAAAGCAAUGCGAGUUGGAUGAUGCAUGGUAUUCUGGAAGCAUUGCUUACCUCGUCAGAUCCCCUUAUUGAGGAACUUCGGGCAAGGUUUGUAUUCAAACUGGUGCCGAUGCUGAAUCCAGACGGUGUCGUCAAUGGUAGUCAUCGAUGUUCGCUGUCUGGAGUCGACUUGAACAGGUACUGGCUGUGUAGAUCCUCUGAUCUUGGUUGUGAUGUUUUGAAAACCCCGCCGUCUGUUUUUGUGGAUCUCCAUGGUCAUUCACGUAGAGCAAAUGUGUUCAUGUUUGGGAACAAUCCCGAAGAGUCAUGGAGAGCCGAUGACAAAGCUUUGCCCCAUAAUUACGAAUUCAUGGCUUUACCGGAAGUCCUGGAACAGAAUUCGUCGGCUUUCUCUUUUGAUCUUUGCCAAUUCGGCAUCACAAGAGGGAAGGAAUCUUCGGCAAGGGUGACAGUAUGGAGACAGUUCGGUGUCACUAGGGCAUACACGAUGGAAUCGACCUUCUCAGGGUUUGAGACGGGUGCUUAUAAAGGGUUCCAGAUUGGAACGAAAGAUCUCAAAGACGUUGGCCGUGAACUGCUUCUUGGAAUUUUGAGUGUAUUCAAAAUGGGUUCUCCACCAAAGAAACCAUCCAGAAGUGGUCUCAAAAAGAGAGGAAACUCAAUGGAAAACGCCAGCGUCUCAGUAGGAAAAUCAUAA